GGUGAUGAGGAGUACCUUUCAACUGCAGAUUGAGAUUGAGUAUGGCAAUUCAAGGCUCUCUACUACUUGUCCUGGUGGUCCUGGUCAACUCGUUGGCUAGGACUGAGUUUGCUUUAGCGAGUCAAGUGUCAUCUUUGUUUAAUCGUAGCAGCUUUCCUCAUGGUUUUUUAUUUGGAGCAGGCUCAUCUUCCUAUCAAUAUGAAGGUGCUGCUAGAGAAGGAGGGAAAGGACCAAGCAUAUGGGAUACUUUCGCUCACAAAUAUUCAGGUAAAAUAUUGAAUGGCAGCAACGGGGAUGUGGCGGUCGACUUUUACCAUCGUUACAAGGAAGAUGUGCAAUUGAUGAAGUUCAUAGGGUUGGAUGUAUUCAGAUUCUCAAUCUCGUGGCCCAGAAUAUUAUCUACUGGGAAGCUGAGUGGUGGAGUGAACAAGGAAGGUGUUGCCUUCUAUAACAAUCUCAUCAACGAGCUACUAGCAAAUGGUAUACAACCCGCGGUGACAAUCUUUCACUGGGAUCUUCCCCAAGCUCUAGAAGAUGAGUAUGGUGGCUUUUUAAGCACUCGGAUAGUGGAUGACUUUGUUGAUUUCGCAGAAGUGUGCUUUAAAGAAUUUGGUGAUAGAGUAAAGAAUUGGAUGACGAUAAAUGAACCAUGGAUUUUCACCAUUGAUGGCUAUGAUGUGGGAACCAAGGCACCCGGACGGUGUUCUUCUUGGAUGAACAACGAUUGCCCGGCCGGUAACUCCGCCACGGAGCCUUAUAUUGUUGGCCACAAUAUGCUCCUUUGUCAUGCAAUAACAGUGAAACUGUACAAGCAAAAAUACCAGGCUAAACAAAAGGGCCAGAUAGGGAUAACAACAGUGUCUCAUUGGUUUGUGCCCUACUCGAGGUCCAAAAUUAACCACAAAGCAGCUGAACGAGCCCUUGAUUUUAUGUAUGGAUGGUUUCUUCACCCGGUAGUUUAUGGUGAUUAUCCACCCAUAAUGCGUAAGCUAGUCGGAAAACGACUGCCAAAGUUCACUGCUGAGCAAUCUGCGAUGCUAAAAGGGUCCAUGGAUGUCCUUGGAAUAAAUUACUACACUGCAAAUUUUGCUGCUAAUGUUCCUUUUGCUAACAGUAUUAAUGUCAGUGCCAAAGCUGAUAGUCUUGCUAAACUUACAACGUACCGAAAUGGAAAACCAAUUGGUGACCCGACUGGUGUUAGCGCUUUUUUCGUAUAUCCACAUGGACUCUAUGAUCUUCUGGUCUACACAAAAGAAAAAUACAACAAUCCAACUAUUUACAUUGCAGAAAAUGGCAUGGGUGACUAUAACAAUAGCACAGCUAAGGAAGGCGUCAAGGAUUAUCAAAGGAUAGAUUUCUACCAUCGCCAUCUUUUGGCCGUUAUAAAAGCCAUUAAGAAGGGUGUGAAUAUUAAGGGCUACUAUGCAUGGUCAUUUCUAGACAAUUUCGAAUGGAGUUCAGGAUACACUACGAGGUUUGGUCUCAACUAUGUAGAUUUCAAAGAUGGACUGAAGAGAUACCCCAAGUACACAGCCCUUUGGUUCAAGAAAUUCCUCAAGAAAAUGUAGCUUUAAUUGUUCUAAGCUAAUGAGUACUUUGCUUUGGUUUUCCACUCAGUUUGGAUCAAAUAAGGGGAAGAUCAACAUAUGGAUUUGAUACAUAUGGUUAGAGCUUCUGAUUUAGAAUGGAAUGUGUGGCAUAUAUGUUCGUUUUUGGAUUUGA